CACUCUGCAUGUGUAGACCGUAGCGACAUUGCGAGAAAGCUUUCGAUGAUUCCAAAAAUCCAGGACUCUUUCAGUUCCAUGCUUUGACGCUUGAGGAUGUCCUCGCAGCUGUCGCCUGACGAAUAUGAUGCCCUGGACCGCAUCCUCGAGGCAGUCGAUCGCAACUAUGCACCGCAGCACCCGGGGGCCAUUAUAGCAUCAGGACGUGCUGGCCCGCUGGCGGACCAAACAAACUUCUGGGCGGCUGGAGAUGCAGGCGCAAAACUCGGUGCCAACAGCACCCCAGCUGUCAACAGGGAACCCGGAGCGCUCAACGCGCAGAAUCCCCAGAAGCCGUCGCCUUGUCACCUUUCUGUCAUGGAUUUUGUCACGGGCGUGCAAGACGCCUCGCUGGGCCAAGGUACAGCGGUGCAGACAGAGCUUGGGGCUUUCGCGGUGGGGCGACUUGCAAACCAAGCAGCAUGCACGGCAGUAAAUCCCCCACCCGCCAUGCACCAUAGCUGGCAGGCCGCUUGCAGCCGACCAACGGACAUGCACACUGGCCCUCCGGCCUCGUGCUUAGGGUACGACAACAGGGCCUGUGCAAGCAAGACCACCACCAGCGACAACAGCAGUAGUAGCCCCAAGUCCCCUGCGGCCAAGCGACCAAACCUUUCAGCCCGUGAAGUGUCGGCUUGGAACAGCCUGCCUGUAGGCCCGGUGCCGUCCAUGCAUCCGUUGGUCCAACAGUCCCUGCUGCUGCCACCGCAACAGCAGCAGCAGCCAUACCUCGGGCAGCUGCCAGUGGCAGCAAGGCCGCCGCAAGGCGCUCCUGAUGCGCCUGUGCCGCCGGGGCAAACAGGACAUGUACCGGUACCCGAACCAACUACGACUUACCCGAUGCCAGAGUGCUGGGCAGGACGGCAGCAGCCACAGCAACCGCAGCUACAGCCACAUCAGCAUGGCCACGUGUACCCGCACGAACAGCGAAAUCAGCAAGGGCAGCAGCAGCAGCAGGCGGCCGCGCUGCAGUGGCAACAACCGCCGCAGGUCCUGAGGCCGCCCCAUGUGGGGCACCAUGCUGGGCAGCAGCAGCAGGCAGCAGUGGUGUCGCCGCAGCAGGAUGGCAUGCGGGAGGGGCAACAACGAGGAGGGGUAGCGCAGUUGCGGCAACAACAGGGCACAUGCGGGGAGGCGCAUGGCGCGGCAUCCCCAACAGCAGCAGCAGCGCAACCACCGCCCCAACCCACUGCGCCGCGCCCUCCACCAGGGCGACCCUGGGCAGCGGCACUCGCAGCACCUCAACCGCAACACGCCGCGGGUCUAGCCAGCAACAACAGCCAACCACAGCUGCAACCUGGCGCGGAGAUGGCUUGCACCUCGCACCUUGUUCAGCAGAAACAACAACAGCCGCGACAAGCGCCACACAACGGCCUACAGCAACAGCAGCAGCAACAGCAGGCGCCCCAUCCGCAAUCCUACCAUCCAUCCAAUCCGCAGCCGUGGCGACCGCAGCCGCACCUGCGGCAGCAACAUCAGCCACGCAUGCAGAGGGGGCAGCAGCAGCAGCAGCAGCCCCCGCAUGCGUCACAGCAGUGGAGGACCAUGCUGGUGCCGCCACCCCCGCCCGCGGCUCUUCUUGGUGUGAGCCGCAUGCAGUGCGCGCAGCGGCCAGCGGCUACGUGCCCGCAGGUGGCUGCAGUCGCCCCCGGCAGGGCUCACCAGGC